AUGAGCAUCAACGAUUGUCCACUUCUACGUAUCGAACUGCUUAAUCCCACUCAACCAACUCCAUCUCCAGGCGAGUUGGAGACUUUUCCUCGCAUCACAUUGAGUACUGAGGGUAUUGUGCACUUUGAAAAGCGCUCCAGAACUCCUCGACGAAUCGGUGCUCGCAGUGGAGCUCGUCUCUCCCGUUUCCGUACUCAACCAAUCACAAUUGCCGAGAUCGCUGAAAUUGAUGGGACAGCAAAUGAGGAGAGUGCGAAGACCUCCGAGGGAACCACCACCACAAAGUAG